AUGUUGUCAAGAAGAUUCUUUUCCUCGUCCAGAAGCGUGGCCAAGUCGGUGGUCACCAAGCUUCCCAACGGCCUGACCGUUGCUUCCAAGCCAGGCGCGCAAUCGACCUCGUCGAUUGGGCUUUACUUGAACUCUGGUUCCAGAUCCGAAGACCCAUUCAACUCUGGUGUUUCUACUUUGGUUGGUAACGUUGUGACGGCCUCCAAGACCGCCAGAGAGGCCUACGCGCUGUCCGGCGUGGAAGUCGGCUCUUCCAACGCCAAGGAGGUGACCGGAUUGGCCGUCACGUCGUUUGCCAAGGGUAACUCCAAGGAGGCCUUCAAGGCCAUCAAGGCUUUGGUGAGCGGUCUGGAGUCGUCUGUGUCCGACGCCAGCUUCGUCAAGCAAAAGGCUCAAGAGGCCUCUGCUUUUGCCGAGGCUUUUGAAAACCAGCAUAAGUCCAUGGUCAUCGAGCACAUGAUUUCCACCGCAUUCCAAGGAACCUCGCUUGCCCUGCCAACCUACGGUAAGGCCGACACUUUGGCCACUUUGGAAAGCUCGGACCUCAAGGCCUUCCUGGGCAAGCAAUUUGUUGCCUCCAACUUGGCCGUUGUUGCUGUUGGUGACGUUGACCACGAGGAGCUGGUCAAGUUCGCUACCGAGCUGCCAGUCUCUGCCGGUGCCAAGCCUGCCGUCGAGCCUUACCACUUCCUGGGUUCCGACGCCAGACUGAGAGACGACACCUUGCCAACUGCUCACGUCGCCAUCUCGGCCAAGGGUCCUGCCGUCAGCUCGCCAGAGUACUACGCCGGAUUGGUUGCCUCCCAGAUCAACGGUUUCUACCAACACAGCGGCCUGUACUCUCAAUUCAGCGGCUCCCAGCUCGCCCAGUUCUUCAACGAGAACCCAAUGUGCGACGAGUUCGACCACUUCUCUCUCGGCUUCUCCGACGUUUCCCUGUGGGGAGCCUACCUCGAGACCGAGCACAUUGAAUACUUGGACGAGGUUGUCCACUUCACCCUCAAGAACUGGAACAGAUUCUCCUCCGGUACUUUCACCGAGACCGAGUUGGAGCAGGGUAAGGCUGCUUUGAAGCUGAAGCUGCUUGCCAGCGACUCCACUCCAGCAGUCGAGGCCGAGAAGCUGGCCUCCAGAUCGUUCCUGCACGGCUUCGAGGAGUCGGAGGGCGAGAUCAUCAAGUCCGUCGACGAGGUGUCGCACAAGAGCGUUGUCCAAUGGGCCCAGAAAUACCUCUACGACCAGGAUAUCGCCGUUUCCGGUACCGGACAGAUCGAGGCAUUGUUCGACUACAACAGAUUGAGAAACGACAUGUCCAUGAUGAGAUGGUGA